AAUGUCUAUUACUUAUUGUGUACCCUAUUAAUUUCUCUAGUCCUGCCAUCUUCAUCACUAGGAUUAUAAAGGAGUUUGUACCAGGCAAGCAGAAAUAUGUUUGCUCUUUCAGGAAACCAUCAAAUUCCAGGAUGUGGCUCCAGACUUCACUUCAGAAGAGUGGGCACAAUUGGACUCUGGUCAGCAAGACCUCUAUAAGGAUGUGCUGAUGGAAAACUAUAAUAACUUGGCCUUUCUUGGACUUUCUGUUUCUAAACCUGAUGUGAUCUUCCAUUUGGAGCAUGGAGAAGUGCCAUGUGUGUUAAAGAACAAAGCCUCAAGAAACAUCUGUCCAAACAAGGACAUCGAACCUGAAGCCAGAGAGUCAGAUUCAAAGAGGGAAUGUUCUUUGGAUAAAUCAUCCCAGAAGACAAAAAUAGAAAGAACUACAGAGCACAAUUCCUUGAAUCCUGAAAUGGGCAAUGAAAUUUUCAAAAGUCAUGACUCACAAGGAAGGCAGCAGGACCCCCAGGAAACACGUUUGAAACAAGUAACAAUUGGACAUGAAAACACUUCAAAUAAAGCAAGAGACUCUGAAAUUAAUCACUUUGGGAGAUGCUUUAUUCUAAAGUCAACCCUAACUACACAACAGAGAGUAAAUAGUUUUAGUAACUAUGAUAUGCAUGGGAAGAACUUCAAAGAUAAUUCAAAACUAAAUAAAUAUCAAAGAAUCUACAUAGGGAAGUAUAGAUUGAAGUAUAAGGAAUUUGGAAACGCCUUCAGCCAAAUUUCACAGCUUAAUGUGUAUCAUGCCAAUGAUUCUGGAGAGAAAUAUCAGUAUAAUGAAUGUGGGAAAACCAAUGAUAAACAAGCAAACCUUACUGAACAUCAGCAAAUUCAUUCUGGAGAGAAACCUCAUAAAUGUAAUGAAUGUGGGAAGGCCUUCAGCCAGAUUUUCCAACUUAAUCUUCAUCAUACUAUUCAUUCUGGAGAGAAAAUCCAUAAAUGUAAUGAAUGUGGGAAAAUCAAUGAUAAACAGGCCAACCUUACUGAACAUCAGCAAAUUCAUUCUGGAAAGAAACUUCAUAAAUGUAAUGAAUGUGGGAAGGCCUUUAGCCAGAUUUCACAACUUAAUCUUCAUCAUACUUUUCAUUCUGGUGAGAAAAUCCAUAAGUGUAAUGAAUGUGGGAAUGCCUAUGACAAACAGACAGACCUUAUAGAACAUCAGCAAAUUCAUUCUGGAGUGAAACUUUAUAAAUGUAAUGAAUGUGGGAAGGCUUUCAGCCAUAUUUCACAGCUUAAUCUUCAUCAUGCUAUUCAUUCUGGAGAGAAAUUCCAUAAGUGUAAUGAAUGUGGGAAAACUUAUGACAAACAGGCAAACCUUAUUGAACAUCAGCGAAUUCAUUCUGGAGAGAAACCUUAUAAAUGUAAUGAAUGUGGCAAAGCCUUCACCCAAUUGGCACACCUUACUCAGCAUCAGUUUACCCAUAGUGGAGAUAAGUUGUUUAAGUGUUAUGAAUGUGGAAAUGCCUUCAUCCAGAGUUCACAACUUAAUAUUCAUCAAAUAAUUCAUUUUGGAAAGAAAUUCUAUACCUGUAAUGAUUGUGGAAAAAUCUUUACCUUGAGAACAAAUCUUUCUCAGCAUCUAAAAACUCAUUCUGGAGAGAAAGCCUAUAAAUGUAAUGAAUGUGGGAAAGCCUUUUCUCUAAAAACAAACCUUGCUAGGCAUCAGAAAAUUCAUUCUGUAGAGAAAUUCUAUAAGUGCAAUGAUUGUGGGAAGGUCUUUGCUAUGAAGACACAACUUUCUCAACAUCAAGUAAGUCAUCUUGGAGAAAAAUUCUUUAAACUUAAUGGUUGUAGGAAAAUUAUCUCUGAGAAGUCAAACCUUCAACAUGAAAAAAUUCAUUCUGGAGAGAAAUCCCAUAAAUGUAAUGAUUGUGGAAGACUCUUCACACGACAGGCCUAUCUGACUGAACAUCAGAGAAUUCAUUCUGGAGAGAAACCCUAUACAUGUCAUGAUUGUGGAAAAGUCUUUACUCAUAGGGCGAACCUUACUCAACAUCAGAAAGUUCAUUCUGGAGAGAAACCUUAUAUAUGUAAUGUCUGUGGUAAAGCUUUUAAUUUAAAGACAAACCUUUCUCGGCAUCAGAAAAUUCAUUCUGUAGAGAAGUCUUAUAAAUGUAGUGAUUGUGAGCAAGUCUUUACUAAAAGGACAAGCCUUACUAAACAUCAGAGAAUGCAUUCCAGAGAGAAAUCCUAUAAAUGUGUUGAAUGUGGAAAAGUUUUUAGUGGAAGGACACACUUAACUCAGCAUCAGUGUGAUGGAACAAAACCAUUUAAGUGUAAGGAAUGUGGAAAAUCAUUUGCCCAGCAGAAGAGACUUAUCAGGCAUGAGAGAAUUCAUUCUGAAAAGAAAUCUUGUAAAUAUAAUGAAUAUGACAAAGUCUUCUCCCCAGGAACAGGCCUUAUUCAACGUCAAAGAAUUCAUUCUGGAGAGAAAUCCUAUAAAUGUGUUGAUUGUGGGAAAGCUUUCAGCCGGAAAACACAGCUUAUUCAACAUCAACUUAAUUAUAAUGGAGUGAAAUUACUUUAAGUGUAAUGUAAAUGGAAAGGACUUUACCCAAAGCACUUAUUAUUCCAUAUCAGAGGAAUGCCUUAUACAUUAUAGGCAUUUAUUUAAUAUUUGUGAAUUCAAGUAAAUUACAAAUGAAGUAAGUUAAAAAACUUUGCUGAAAACUAACUUGUCUCAUGUCUACAGUAUUUCUUUGUUCUACUGGUCUUGGUACCCUUUCAAAAAAACAAAUGAGUUAAUUUGUUUAUUUUAAAGCCACACCAACUUUAAACAGCAUAUUUUUCCCCCCUUCUGGCUUAUAAAUUAUCCUUUAAUAAGUAUUAUAUGAUUUUUCCAGAAAUAGAAAUUAGAUUAUUUUACAUUUUUGACUUUCUGAAACUUGAAAUGCUUAUCAUUUUCCAAUCCUAAGUCUUCCAUUCCCAUAAAUAUUAAUUCAAAUUAUUGAUGUUGGCUGAGGUAAAGAGAGAAAGGAAAAGAAUAGGUAUUCCUAUAGUAGUUACUUAAAGAUAGAUGCUAUUAUUGCCAAUUUAUAUUUCAGGAACCUGAGGCAAAGAGUUAAAUGACUUGCUCAGGAUCAUAUAGCUAGUAUUUGAGGUUGAAUUUGAACCCGGGUUUUCCUGACUUCAGGCUUACAGGCUUAGUAGUAUAUUCAUUGCACUGCUUAGCUGCCUCAGCACUCAUUUGUUUAUUUAGCAUCUUAGGUUACCAUUUAACUGCCCUGAUAACUUAAAAUAGUUGAGAUGCUGCCUGAUUGUCUUCUGUAUUUUCUUGGAUUUAUCUUCUCUGCUUUUCAUUUUUGUUUGAGUACAUAGAUUUUUCUCUUUGGCUUUCAUCUUUUCCAUCUUCUUUAAUAGUUUUUGAAAAUAAUGUGGAUAGGAAAGUCAUAGGGGGUUGGACCCAGAAUCAGGAAACUUGACUCAUUUCAAUCUCAGAUCUUUAUUAGCUAUGUGAUCCUGAGCAAAUCACUUAACUUCCACUGGCUCUUUUCUCAUUUGGAAAAUGAGAAUAAUAGUAGUAGUUAUGAGAUAAUACUUGUAAAGCAUUUUUCAAAUCUUAAAGCACUUAAAAAUGCCAGCUUUAUUAUUAAGUUUAAAAGAACUUUAGUGAUACAAUUCUCAUGCAUCUCUACCAGUCUGUGCAGACAGUUUCUCAUUAGACUUUUUGUAUCUUAAUUUUGUAUUUGUGUUUUAUCACUCAUGGGCUAACUUCCCUUCCUAUGCAUUUAGGCUGUUCUUUUUUUGUAUCCUUUGAAAGCUGAAUUAAGGGCACAUAUUAAGGGCUUUAAUUUCUAGCAUCACAGACUUUGAAGUUCAAUAGCUUCUAGCCUCCAAUACUCUUGUCAUUUCUAUUUCAGAGAUCAAUUCUUUCUUGUUGAUCAAAACUAUUUCAGAAUACUAGUCCAUUUCUUCCUCUCCUCCCAGAAUACUAACCAGGAUGUUCGAAAUAAUGUUUCUUCUACCUUUUGCACAUUGAAAUAAUUUUUGAGGUGAAUCACAAAUUUAUCAGACAUACCACUUUUGGCAAAGUAUGAAUAGUUGGGAAUUCUCUUCACUGUUAUGUUUCUGCUCCAGAUUUCUGAUCUUUUCCAAAUGCUCCAUCUAAUUUCUCUCUGUGAACAAGUGAAAUACUAGUUAGAAUAUACUUAAUUGGGACCUAGUUUCAUUUUAAUUCUUCAGUAUUACAAAAAAGUGCUGAUAAAUAUGUUUGUGUGUGCACAUACACAUAUAAUUUAGUACUGUUAAUUUGUGGUAUGUGUAUGUAUCCAUUUUCCCCAUGAUACCAUUCCUAGGAAUAUAUCGUAAGGAGGUGAAAGAUGAUUCAUAUAAUAUAACCAGGUUUUCUUAACCAAUCUAAAUGCGUUCCCUCUGCAUCAUUUCAGCUUAUCUAGUAAAUUGUUGAAUUUUUUUUUUCAGUAAAGGAUUUGACUGAAUAAAGAAGUGUUUUUGUCUGGUUGAAAUAUCAAAGUAUAGCACCAUAGUCUUUGAAAUGGGAGGGGUGACAUUUUAACUAACCUUCAUUUAUUAUUGAAAGUACAUCUUUUUUCAUUUGUGGUUAAGUUUAUUUUUACAGGAUAUGUCAUGUUAGGUUGGAUCUUGAGCUCCAUUGUCCUUCAGAAUAUAUUCCAUUCUCUCUUGCAUUUUCAAGUAGGAACAGAAUUGAAAUUCUUUUGUAUUUGAAGGUCUUUCUCCUAGUUUCCAGAGAAUUUGUUGUAUCUUAAUGGAAUCAUUAAAUUUGAUGAUUAUAUGCCUUGGAGUUGCAGCUUUGGGUUUUUUUUCUGUAGACCAUCUAUGGAUUCUUUGGAUUGUGCUUUAUUUUCUGUAUUUAGAAAUUCUGGGUUGUUUUCUUAUAUCAUUUUUUCCACUGUGGUAUUCAGGAUUUUUGAGUUGUUUCCUAGGAGACUGUAAUCCUUAAAUUAACUCUAUACAUCUUGUCUUUACCAUCAGAAUAUUUUGAUCAAGUGAACAUGUUUUCUUUUAAUGUUAAUUGCUUUUAGAUUCUCUUCUUCCAGAUUACUCUUUGUAUUUGCAUUCCCAAUAAGUUGUCUUCUCUUUUGUAUUUUUGUGGAUAUUUACCACUUUCUACUCUUUUUAGUCUUUCUACUCUGCCAAGUAAUUCUGCUAUGCAGGCCAUAAAUUCUGUUCUUACAUUUUCAUUCUCUUUCACUCUCUCAGGAAGAGCAUGCUGUGAUUCCAUAUACCCCUCAAACUCUAUAGGGUCACCUGUCUCAUCAAAUUAAUUUCCUUUUGUUAAAUUUUAUUUAUUCAUAGAUGCCUAAACUCAUUUACUGUUUUGGAAGACCACAUUUCCUUCUGCUGUUAUCUUCUCCGUUUGUCUGUUUAUGCUCAAGGUCUGUGGGUUUUCUUUUCUCCUGAUAUGUUUGGGAAUUUCAACUAGUUUUUCCCUGUUGCUCACUUUCUGACUCCCUCUCCUCUGUUGGUGGUUUUUUUUGGUAGAUGGAUCUCAAAGGUUCUCAGCCUCCUCCAAUGCUGAACAGUUCAUGAUUCAUCAAGGAAAAAGGAGGGAGGGAAAGAAUAAGCAUGUAUUCAGCACCUGCUAUGUCCCAGGCACUGUACUAAGAACUUCACAAAUGUUAUCUCAUUUGAGUCUCACAAUAGCGCUGUGAUAUAGGUGCUGUUAUUAUCCUCAUUUUAUACCUAAUGAGACUGAUGCAAAAGAGGCUAAGUGACUUAGGCAGUAUAACACAAUAAAUAUCUGAUCCUAGAUUUGAAUUCAUGUUUUCCUGACUCUAGAUCUAGUUUUCUGUCCACUGAACCAUCUACAUGUCUUGGCAGUUAAGUUUCUGCCUUAAAUUCUGCAGAGACAGUUGACCCCAAUUGGAUGUUGUUCUUUUUUCUUCAGAUAUGUAAUACCUUGCCCAUUGUCUCGUGCCUCAGUUUUUUGGCCUAAUAGUGCAUUAUUGCCAUACUGAUGAUGAUGUAGCCUAGACAGAUCCCUGCUUUUUUAGGUUUGAGUGUUCAUAGCACUGGGAAGAGAGGGUGGCCAACAUAAAAGUUGAGCUCUAUUACAAGCCUAGACACUGUUCCUGCCCUGUUAUUUCUGUUCUUCUCUCCUCUCUGUUGCAACGCUGGUUAUUAUGGUCUCAGCAAAUAUCUGCAAUUUGGAUCUCUUACUGGAAAGAUGUUGGGGGAAGAAGGGUCAUAGUGUGGGUUUGCAAGCCCCUGGGUCAGUUUAUCUUGUACAUCCUUGCUGCUAAUAGCAUGAUGGAUAAUGAAAAGGAUUGUGAUUAAGCAUGAAUUAGGCAUUAAGUUCAUGGAGUUUUUACCUUUGAUUUCCUUGUAUUUUAGACCAAGUGGAAAAAAACCUGUGAACUACAUGAUGUCUUAGUAAACCCCAAUUAACAUUACUUAGGUUGUAUUUUCUUAUUAUUGUUAAACUUUUCCAAUUAUAUUUUGGUCUAGUUUAGGGUGCACUGGUAACCUUUUUUAUACUGUAGCACAAUGGAUCUGUGAACUAGACAAAUGGAGACAGCUGAAAUUGCUUUAUUUCUAAGCAUAAUUUCUCUUUUGGAGAGAUUUGAGAGAUGGUAAAGAUCAGGGAAAAUAUCUGGUCCUCCCUUUGUGUUAGUCAUGACUUAGAAAUCUACAAGUUCCUUUUGAAGUUCACUUUUGUUAUCUAUUUUUCUUUUAGAAAUGAAGUUAUCAGUUUUAUCUUUGUAUUGAGUAUUUUUUUUAUUUAAAAUUUUCUUUGUGUGUGUGUGUGAAUUGACUUUUACUAUGUUGAUUCUAAUUUACUUCUAUAUGCGUCUACAUAUUAAUGAUUAUUUGAUAGUGCCAAAGUGAAUAUUGUUAUAAAAUUACUUAUUGAUGUGCAAGUGAAAUGUCAUUGCUCUUGUAGCAUCUUUAUUUGCUUGUCCAAUUUGCUGGUACCAAUUGACAAAUUGUUAACACAUUUGGUUGUUAUUACUGCUAAUUUGUAUAAUUCUUUUUACUAAUAUUUUAUAAAUACCCUUUGUCUUGGAGUUUGAUGAAAUUAUUCUUUCGAUUGAUGAAUUACCUUUUGGUGAAACAUUAAAGGUUGGUAUUAUAAAUCAA